CUGGUUCAGUCCUAUUCCAAAGAUCAUUCUCUCUAUCUUUCAUUUGCCUAUUAUCUCACAUUUCCUUGUUCCUCGAACCAUCUUCAUACUUUCUCUUGACUUGUGCACUUCAUCAACAGUCAAAGUCUUGAGGACAUCAAUUAUAGCUUAUGGAGGUGACCAACCUUGUUGUCUUGCCAGCAGUUUUGGCAUUCUGUCUCCUUUGCCUACAUUUCAUCAAUAAAAUUAGACUCAGAAAGCAUCCAAACCCGCAUCUUCCUCCUGGAAGAUUUGGGUGGCCUAUUGUUGGAGAAACCUUUGAGUUUAUGCGUUCAUGUCUUGAAGGAAACAGUUCAAGGUUCAUACAAGAGAGAAUGGAGAAAUAUGACUCAAGGGUGUUCAAGACUUUGUUGUUUGGAAAUCCUAUGGCUGUGUUUUGCGGGCCAGCAGGGAACAAGUUCCUAUUCAGCAAUGAGAACAAGAAUGUCCAAGUGUGGUGGCCUAGUUCUGUAAAGAAGCUGUUAAGGUUGUCCCUUGUUAACAAGGUUGGUGACGAGGCUAAGGUGGUCAGAAAGUUGCUCAUGAGCUUUCUUAAUGCAGAAACACUCAGAAAUUACUUGCCAAAAAUGGAUACCAUUGCUCAGCGCCAUAUAGACACAUAUUGGAAAGGAAAGGAGCAGGUGUUUGUCUAUCGCAUAGUAAAUCUAUACACGUUUGAAUUGGCUUGUUGCUUAUUUUUAAGCAUGGAAGACUCUGACCACUUAUCAAAGCUUUCAUUAAAAUUUGAUGAAUUUCUAAAAGGGAUGAUUGGCUUCCCCCUCAACAUUCCUGGAACAAAGUUUCAUCGUUCAAUGAAAGCUGCAGAUGCAAUAAGAAAAGAAAUUAAAAUGAUUCUAAAGAAAAGGAAAGUGGAUUUGGAGGAGAAGAGGGCAUCACCUACUCAAGACCUUCUAUCACACAUGCUUGUUACAUCUGACACCAAUGGAAGGUUUAUGACAGAAAUGGAAAUUAUUGAUAAUAUACUUCUUCUUCUUUUCGCUGGCCACGAUACUUCUAGAUCAGUGUUAUCAUUGGUUAUGAAGUAUCUUGGACAGUUGCCUCAGGUUUAUGAACAUGUGUUGAAAGAACAACUUGAAAUUAGUGAAGGGAAAGAGGCAGGGAAGUUGUUGCAAUGGGAAGAUGUUCAGAAAAUGAAAUACUCUUGGAAUGUUGUAUCUGAAGGUAUGAGGCUAUCCCCGCCAGUGAGUGGUGCUUACAGAGAAGCUAUAAAGGAUUUCCCCUAUGCUGAUUAUAACAUCCCUAAAGGGUGGAAGUUGCAUUGGAGCACUAGUUCAUCACACAAGGAUCCAACACUGUUCUUGAAUCCCGAAACUUUUGAUGCUUCAAGAUUUGAAGGGGAAGGACCUACACCCUUUUCAUAUGUUCCAUUUGGAGGUGGCCCCCGAAUGUGUUUGGGGCAAGAGUUUGCUAGACUAGAGAUCCUUCUGUUUAUGCAUCAUAUCGUGAAACGGUUCAAGUGGGAUUUGGUGAUUCCUGGGGAGAAGUUCAAGUAUGAUCCCUUGCUAGAACCAGAAAAAGGACUUGCAAUUCGACUUCAUCCUUCCCAUUGAUUAGAAGCUUCCUGAGUAGUCAUCUUAUAGUGCUAUAUUUGAAUAAAACUUCUUGCUACAUUGAUUAGAAGCUUUUUGUUUCUGCUUCCAUGAUUAUAUGAAAUAUUGGAUUUUGUUGAAAAUAUCAUGUCAGACUAGUAAUAUAGUUUAAGUAGUGUUUAUACAUAAGAGAUAAUUCUCACAUUACUUGCUGAUUUUAUAAAAACUUGAGCUCCAAGAAUUUCAAUUGAA